CACCCGGGUCCUUUUAAAUCAGGCCGGCCGGUUGCUAGGCAACAGAGAGGGCCGCGCUGGCGCACUGCAGAGGCUUCGCUUGGCGCCGGUCCGGCCUGGGCGCGGUGGCCAGCUCCAUCUGGCCAGCUCCCGAUAUAAGGGCUUCCUCUAGCUUGUGGUGGCCAGCUUCAGGGAAGAGGAUACCGGUACCAUCGGACCCCACGUACACUAAGAGUUCGAACUGGAGAAAUAGAGUAAUGGCAUCGAAUAGAAGACCUUGGGCAUCACGAAGUGAAUUGGACAAGAUGCUUGAAGAAAUGGAUGACAGGAGAAGGCACUGGAAGGAGAAUACAUUUGCUCCUUUUUUCAGUGCUCAGGGUGUUCUAAAUGAGGCUUUACAGCCUGAAUCUUCUCCUGAACUAAUGUCUUUAGGUAAGAGCAAGAGAAUGGAAGGAAUUUAUCAUUUGUCUGAGAGAAAGUUUCAAGAAGAUCCUAUAUUCAAGAGGAAAGAAUUUAUUUACCAACCAAAUGAAAAAGAACAAGAACUAAAUUUAAGAGAAAGAAAGAUGAACAUUUCAAAGAACGAAGCAGAUGCAAACUCUGUCUCCUGUGAAUCAUCUAAUUUGGAUGUUGGAACUGAAGAAAGCUUUGAUAGCACAGAAGAUGAUUACAUCUGGAAUACAAAGGGAUUACCAAUUCCAAGGCGACAAGACAAGAAGAAAAAAUAUACUGAAGGAAUGUAUCCAAAACUUAGCCUGAAUAUUAUGAAUGAAGAACUAGAAGAACUUAAUAUGAAAUGCAAAAAAAUACAAAAGGAGUAUGAAAAUGCUGAAAAAGAGCUCGUGAAGGCCAAAAAGGAAGUCUCUGCAAAAUCCCUAAAUUUUCAGGAAACUUGGAAGAAACACCGGGAACUUCAAGCUUUAAGAAAUGACCUAUUUGAAAAAGCAACAAAUGUCAGAAAGUUAACUGAAGAGCUCCAGGAAGCCAAAGAAGUCAUCCACAAGUUGACCCAAGAGAACAAACAUUUAAAAGAAUCUGUGAGGAAGUUAAAGCAUCAGAGUGAGGUUGGAAAUGCACUCAUAAAAGAAGAAAUAAAAAUUUUUUAUGAAUUAGAAAUGGAAAAGAUCCGUGGAGAGCUCGAUGCUAUCAAGGAUGAACUGAGAGUUGAGAAGACCCUGCAAGCAAGAAAUAACAGAGCCCUGGAGUUGCUGAGAAAACACUUCUCUACUAUAACAUCAAGUACCCUUGACAGCUUUACAGGGGAUGUUUUUUCACACUUGAAAAAUUAAAAGCCUUUAAUUAGGCAAAUCUUUGAGCCAAAUCAGUGUUUCUGGUGCUUUUUUGGUGUGCUACUUCAAAUGUGUUUAAUGGGAUGUAAUUUUCAUUUUUGGUGAAUCAAGACAUCUGUACAAUGUAUAUAUUUUAACUUCAAAGUGUCUGCUUUCUCUUUCCAGUGAAGUUAUUACAGAGGUCCAAAUGGAAAUGAAGCUUCAGAAACCUUUUUUAAAAAUAUCAUUUCACUCAAACCUGUAGUGAUUCACCAAAUCAUUUAUGAAUACGAGUCAACAGCCAUGUUGCGAUCUUGUGAGCAUUAUGCCCUUGGCUCAUGAAUGUUCUUCCAUCUGUGUUCAUUGAUGUCGACAAUAAAAAUCAUGUUUAUGUGCAUAAGCAUAACAUAUGUCUGUGGCUCUUAUAGCUGCCUGUUCAGACUCAGUGGAAUACAAAAAUGUGUCUCCUUUCUUUGAUAUGUAACCUUAAUUAGGCACAUAUAAACAUCUCCAGAAAAAAAUGCAGAUUUUUAUCCUCCCUGUUGUCUUCCCCAUGCUUUCUCCCUUGACCUGGGCAUGGUUCCCAUAGACUAGAAGAUGACUUACAGACAUGGCUGUGACCUUUGCUAAAGCCCUGAUUUGUCAGCAAUGGCUUUUGUGUUUUCUUAUGUUGACCGCUAAGGGGCAUUGUUUACACAGGUCUUCCAAAAUUCUACUGGAGGGUGGGGUGGGGAAAUGUACAGUUUUCCCACCCAGCUUACAUGGCCAGCUGAUUGGGACUUAGUGAAAGGUAUUGGGUGUCAGCUAGGUACCCUGCUAGUGAGCUGGCUUGAUUUAGACAGGAAUCCAGUUCUAUAAGCAGCCUGGGCAAUGAUAAUUUAUAUUAUACUUUCAGAGAAUAAAAAUGUACUGCCUCAACCCUCUGGUAGAAACUAUGGGCCAGUUGAUUCUUUCCAUUUG